UGACGGCCAGCCGGGCCAGGAAAGGAUAGAAUUAUGCCUUGGUUUAUAUAUGCUCUUUGUAGGAAAUUAAAUAUCUUUAUUAUUUCUUUUAAAAUGGACAAGGAAAGGAUUUAGAAAAUAUAGAUACUUAUCAAGGAAGAAACUGACUUCCAAGGACAAGUGGUUUUGUAAAAACUACAACAAAAACGGGCGUAGAAAUUCGCUACAACACGAACAGUCAGGCGCCGGGAAUUUGCAACGAUGUCUUUUUGGAAAAAUAUUUUCCCGUUUAGUCUGAGUAAGACGAAGAAGAAAAAGGAAUAUCCAAACAUUAUAUUGAAUAUAGAUCCAACUAGUUUAUGGGAAACGACAGGCGAGUUAGGCGACGGAAGUUUUGGGAAAGUUUAUAAGGCAAAACAUCGUGAAACUGGUGCAGAAGCUGCAGCUAAAAUUGUGGAAAUUCAUGAUGAAACUGAGUUAGAUGAUUUUAUGGUUGAAAUAGAUAUUCUAGCAGAAUGUAAACAUAAAAAUGUGAUCAAUCUUUAUGAAGCUUACUAUUUUGAUAAUAAAUUGUGGAUGUUAAUAGAAUUUUGUGCAGGAGGAGCUUUGGAUGAUAUUAUCCUUGAUCUGGAAAGAGGUCUGGAUGAGGCCAUGAUUAAAGUUGUUUGUAAACAAAUGUUUGAGGCACUGGCAUAUCUGCAUGCAACUGACAAGGUUAUUCACAGAGAUCUCAAAGCUGGAAAUUUAUUGCUGUCAAACGAUGGAGAAAUUAAGUUGGCUGAUUUUGGUGUUUCUGCAAAGAACAAAAAAACUUUACAAAGAAGAGAAAGUUUUAUUGGUACACCAUAUUGGAUGGCUCCUGAAGUUGCUAUAACAGAAACCUGCAAAGAUGAUCCAUAUGAUUACAAAUGUGAUGUGUGGUCUGCUGGAAUUACUCUUAUUGAACUAGCAGAAAUGCAACCACCGUAUCAUGAAAUGAGUCCAAUGAGAGUUCUUUUUAAAAUCCCAAAAGCAGAACCACCAUCUCUGAAGCAACCCAAGCGAUGGUCUGUUGACUUCAUUUCAUUUCUGGCAAAAUGUUUAACUAAGACACCCAAUGAUAGACCAACUGCAGCUGAAUUGUUAGAGCAUCCAUUCAUCUCAGGGGUGUCGUCAACAAAACCUUUGAAAGAUUUAUAUAACUUAGUGAAGGCUGAAGUUGUUGAGACGUUAGAAGACCUUCCCGAGGAUCUACCAAGUGAAAAAAUGAGGCAGAGCUCGGCUGGGUCACUCGAUUCCAUACCUGGCAGUGAAUCAAGCAGUCUCUCAGAUCAUUCUCGAGAUUUAAGUAGAUCUGAAGAAGCGAGUAUUGAUAAAUCUAACGAACAAUCACCAGAGAAAGACAUUACGUCCCCUGAGGAAGCUGGCGAUGAUGUCAUCCUACAUAGCGACGAGCCUGGGAAGGAUGACGUCAUUACUUUCAAUGAAGAGGAAAAGAAAGAUGUCGAGACGGAAGAGGAGCAAUCGAGUAUUAACAAUGAGAGAAAUAUGAGGACAGUAGAAGGUGAAGAGGGGAUAGUAGAUUUAAAAGAAGGUGAGAAGGGAACGAUUGAUGAAGAUAAGGAAUUAGUAAUAGAUAAAGAUGACGCGCUUCAAGAUGAAGAACUAAAAGAAGAUGAAAAGAGUGCAGAAGAAGGUGAAGAAACUGUGUCUGAUAUAAAAGAUGUUGAGAAUGAUAACGAACCUGUCGUCGAGGGUUUAGUUACGUCACCUGAGGAACAUUCUCGUGAUGUCAGUGUUGACGAUCAGAUUACCACUCAUGAUGAUGUUGCUGACCAUGAUGACGUCACUGGAGAAGAUGACGUAGGAAGAGAUGACGAAAGAAGAGAUGACGAGUUUAGCAGCGAGAUGGAUGUUACUGGAGAUGUUGAUAAUGAAGUUUCCGUACCUCAGGAAGAGGACACAGAUAAAUAUUCAUCAAAGUUUGAUGAUAUUCUUGACAAAUUAGAACAAAGUGAAGACAAUUCGGGUGAAACGAAAGAAGAUAAUGAAGGAGAAGUGAAUAAAACACAGGAUGACGAAAAACACGAUGAGAAUAUCGCCAAAGAUGAGGAAAUGAACGAAAGAUUAUCAAGAAUUCAAGAAUCUAGAAGAAAUGAAAAAUUAGAAGAUAUAAAGGAAGAAGGAAAUGAUAUCCCCACUAAACAACCACUUUCCCCAAGAAAACAACCGUUAUCCAAUGGGAUUGCUGAGAAACCGUCUCCUGCUAAACAAUCAAAUGAAGAUGAAACGCAGCAAUAUAAAACCUUAACUCGGACCAGAAAGUUUAUGAAAGAUGGACAGGUUGUGACAGAAGUGACGUCGCGAGUUGUAGACAUUAGUCAACAAGACCACAGAGACGCCAAGCGAAGAGAACAGCAAUUACGAAAACAACAUUUUCGUGAAGUGAAGCUUCUUCAGCGCGAGGAACAGAAACAAGGAAUGGAGUUGAUUUCAAAAAUCAGACGACAAUGGGAUGCACAAGAACAGAAAAUUGAUUUUGAAAAUGCUGAAUUAGAACGCAAAUUUGAUACGGACUUAGAAAACAUGGCGAGACAUCAGAAACGUGAAAUUGAGAAACUGGAAAUGGUUCAACAGAAAGAUUUAGUUCAUGCGACUAAGAAACUAAAGAGUGAUCAGGAAAAAGAAUUCAAGAGAUUCAAAGAAAGCCUGAAAGACGAAGCAAAAACAGAAAUGAAGAAGAGUGAUAAAUUACCACGAUCUGAGCGAAAAGAAUUUCAGAGAAAGAAAAAAGAGGAGCUGGAAGUGACACGGCAGUCCAAGGAGCACGACUUCCUCGCCCAGCAACAUAUUGACUAUGAACAAUAUCAUAAACAACUUGUUGAACAACAUCGAGAAGAUAUGGCAAAGAAAGAAGUGAAUUUCUUGUCUGUUAAACAUGAUUAUAUAAGAAAGCACGAGUCUUUAAAAUGGGAAGUAGAGGAGAGACAACUACGUGAACGACAUCUUAUGUCUAAAAGUCAGUUAAAAGAGACGUUUUUCUUACAAAGAUCACAGAUGGUAAAUCGACAUGACAAGGAGAUAGCGCAGCAUUUGAACUUGGUGAGGAUGCAGGAAGAAGAACUCAAACGUCGAAUAGAAUUGGAAAGAAAACGUUUGCCAAAAAUGCAGAAAAACGAUCUGAAGACUAAGUCACAACAGUUCAGAAAGACGUUAUCAAAAGAUAAGAGAGUGACGAUGGAUGUUGAACGAGAGAAAAUGAAGGAGUUCCAUGACAUGGAGGCAAAGAGAGCAAGAUCUGAAUAUGACAAAAUGAUCUUACGACAAGAAUUGGAGGAAGAGGAGCUUCGAGUAUCCCAGGAUGCUGCAAUUAAGGAAUUACAAGUAUUGCAGAAUGAGAAGAGAUAUAUGCUAAUGGAUAGCGAGACUGCAAAAUUAAAAGAACGUGAUGAGAAGUAUAACGAACAAGUUAUGGAAUGGAGAAAAUCACUAGGGCCUCGCAAGAAGAUUUUAGAGGAAAAAUUUGCCCGUGAGAAGAGAGAUCAGCAGUUAUUUUAUGCACGAAAUCAACACCCUGAGGAAUCUUCUUUACUGCAUCAAAAAUCUGAAUCUAAUGGUCCUGAUAUGCAUCAAGGAACACCACCUUCAAACAAUGAUGCACUUGCAUAUUAAUGAUUUUAUUUUUCACAUAAAUGAUUUGUAAUCAUCGGGGACAAUUACAGGCAUACAAUGAUGAAAUCGCCAGAAUUUGAUCAUUGCUAUUCACAUUUUAUUGCAUACAGUUAGAAAUUAUAGCAUCGGUCUUUAAGCCUUUUACUGCAGCAAUGUUGCAUUAAGGUUGCCCUAGUUAUCAGCUUGUAGGAGCAAAAACUAAUCACUGAAUAUUUUCAGGUAUUUUUCAAUAAGAUAGAAUAUAGAUUCUUAAUAUAAUGACAUUUGAUUCACAAGAAUUAUAUCUUUGUUGGAUGACACUGAUCUUAACAAUGUAUUUGAAAUUUUAUCUCAUAUUUGCUGUGAAUAGAAAUUAUUUUACUGCAGUUUACACUAUGAAUUCUCACAUUGCAAAAUAAAUCAUUCACAGAUG